AUGCGCUGUCUGCCGAGUGGGCCCUUCAUUGUCUCCGAUGAAGGCCGCGAGGCGUCAGAGUCGUUUGCUUCUCUGUCUCCCCCGUCUCCGUUUGCUGCAAGGGGUGCUGCUUCUGCUGCUGCUGCAGCAGCAGCAGCAGCAGCAGAUAGGCCCUUUCUGCCUCUCUACCCUACGCAAGCCUCCCCAGCAGACUCGGGGGCCCCCCCCCAUGCUCGCAGUACAGCAGCUGAACUGAACUUCAGGGGCCCCCAGGGGCCCCCCUAUUCCGUUGGGGGCCCCUUCUUUGUGAAGGAGAUAGGGGGCCUCCAAGUGUCUCCAAACGACAGAAAAAAGAGACACCCAGACACUCAAUCUAUUCGAGGAGACAGCCUAUACCCUGCUGCAGCUUCAGCUCUUCUAGGGCCCCCAAUGGGGCCCCCAAAGGGCCCCCUGGGGCCCCCAAGGUGCUCUCCGGAGGCCUGGGGGGCCCCAGUCCCUAGGGGUCCCUUUUCAAGUGUCUCCUUUGAGGGCCCCUAUGAGGCUGCAGCAGCAACUACUGCAGCAGCAGCACCAGCAGCAGCAACAGCAGCAGCAGAAGCAGAGGGUACCUGCAACUCCAAAUCAGUCAGGAAGAGAAGAGAAGACAGAGAGGAAGAGGGGGCCCCUUUAAAGGGGGGCCCCUCAAAUGAUGAGAGACGCAGCAGCGCCCGCAGAGACAGCGAGACACCUGAGCUCUUCUUUAUGAAUGAACACAAAAGUGCAGCACCAAAAAACCUCAGAAGGAGAAGGGCAAAAGGCUUAGUUACUUCGGUAGCGUAUUUAAGAGAUAUGAGGAUAAUUCGCCGCGUUGCUGCUGCUGCUGCUGCUGCUGCUGCUGCUGCACCUGCUCCUGCUGCAGCAGCAGCUCCAAGCAGCCGCCGCGGCCGCGGCCGCCGCAGCAGCAGCAGCGCCGCAAGGAGGAAGGGUUCUGUAGGGGUUGCUGAUGCAGCGAAAUUGGGGUGUUUGAGCUCUGCUGCAGCUGCUGCAACAGCUGCAGCAGGAGAGCAGGGGGCAGCAGCAAGGAGACAAGGAGGCAGAGGGAAGCAGCGGCAUAAGAGGGGGGCCCCCGAAGAGACAGAAGAGACAGAAAAGAAGACAGAUAAAGCUGCAGCAAAUGACAUGUCUCCAGAGACACUCUGGGCCCCCAUUCCCUCGCUGCUGCGCAUUAUCGCAAGAGCAACAAGAAAAACUCCUUUCUUCUCUCUCCUCCACAAGCAGCAGCAGCAGCAGCAGCAGCAGCAGCGGCAGCAGCGGCAGCUGCAGCUGCAGCAGCAGCAGCAGGAGCCAGAACAACAGUCUAUAGAAUUGCAACAGCAGCAAACAGUGCACAAGGCCGGAGACUUCCUCGGAUCUCCAAGCAUUCGGACCGGCAGCAGCAGCAGCAGCAGCAGCAGCAGCAGCAGCAGCAGCAGGGCAAACGAGGCAGUAAGAAAAGAGUUCGUGCUGCAGAAGGGCCUCCAAGACAGCACAAAAAAACUCAGAGGAAUGAGACCCCCCGAAGGAGACAGCUGCGUCUCUCUGUCUCCUUGCAGCUCCAUGUCUCCUCCUCGCCGCCUCCGCAGGCAGACCACACAAAUAGUGUACCCACCAGCAGCAGCAGCAGCUGCUGCUGCUGCUGCUGGGGCUGCUGCUGCAGCUGCUGCUGCAGGGACAACAGCAGCAACCGCGGAAACCUGGGGUGUCUGCACAGCCCGCAUUAGUCGCAGCUUCACAGCAACGCUGUCUAUCAGCAGAAGCAGCUCCCGCCUUCUACCUGCUGCAGCAGCGAAAGCAGCAGCAGCAGCAGCAGCAGCAGGAGCAGCAGCAGCAGAGACUGAAGGGGGAGCAGCAAAGCACGAAGAAAAUUUGAUUGUCUCCAAGUACUGGCGGGAGUCAGCAGCAACCCAAAUACAAAUAAACACAGAACGCCACCCUGAAUCUGCUGCUGCUGCUGCUGCUGCUGCUGCUGCUGGUCGGUCAGUCUCUUGGGAGAGCCAACAGCAGCAGGGAAGAACUCUUAUCAGCAAUAGCGUCACACAGGAGGAAGGGGAGUGCAGCAGCAGCAGCAGCAGCAGCAGCAGCAGCAGUAGCAGCUUCACAACAGAAUUUCAUUCGUCUACUGCUGCAUAUCUCCCCCUUGCUGCUAUAGCGUCUCCUGAUACUACUGCAGUGUCUCCUGCUGCUGCUGCUGCUGCUGCAGUGUCUCCGCUUGGAAAGGGCUCUUCUCGUGCAGCAGCAGGAGAGGAGUUGCUCAAUAGUCAGCGAGCUGCAGCAGCAGCAGCAGCAGCAGAGCAGGAGACAGCAGCUGCAGCAGCAUCAACAGCAACAACCGAUCCAAUGAAAUCCGCAGCAGCAGCAGCAGCAGCAGAGGCAGCAGCAGCAGAGGAAGACACCCGAGGAACAGCAAAGGCGCUGCGACUAAUCGCAGCCUACAGAGCGAAGACUCUGGGGCUCGUGGGCGUCUCCGAAGAGCCUCGAUGCAUGCAGCAGCAGCAGCAGCAACAGCAGCGGCAGCAAGAGCAAGAGCAGCAGCAGACCAGAAGCAGCAGCAGCAAGAGGAGCAGCAGCGACAGCAAGCGAAAGCGAAAGCAACAGCAACAGCAGCAGCAACAAGGUGUCCCUCCAAGUGCUGUUUUGAAGCUAAGGCCCAGGCGGUGCUGCGCCCUCUCCACCGGCAGCCCUUCCACCGAGCAGCAGCAGCAGCAGCAGCAGCAGCAGCAGCAGCAGCAACCUCAGCUGCACAAGCAGCAGCAGCUGCUUGAGGAGGAGCAGCAAAAACCAGAUGAAUCUUUUGUCUCGACAGUAGCAGCAGCAUCAGCAGCAACCUCAGGAAGACGCCUAUUGAAGGCCCCGCAAGAGGCUACCGGAUCUGCUGGAGGAGAUGCUGCCGCUGCAGCAGCAGCAACAGCAACAGCAGCAGCAACAGCAGCAGCAGCAGCAGCAGCAGCGAAGGAGGCUGAAGUGCCUGUGAAGACCAAAGAUGCCUCCCGGUCCCCCUUUAUUCAAUUAAGACGCCCCUCAGGUGACGGAGACAGUCGUGAAUCUAGGAUCGCUGCUGCUACUGUUGCUGCUGCUGCUGCUGCUGUUGAGCCCCUUAUGGCGGUGGCUCGCCAGCAGCAGCAGCAGCAGCAGCAGCAGAGACAGCUGCUGCUGGCGAAGAGGAGCAGCAAGGCUCCUAUACGCAGUAGGAGCGUAAGAACGAGAAUCCGGAGCCACAGCGAAGACCUCCGGGUUGCAGCAGCAGCAGCAGCAACGACAGCAGCAGAACUAGCUGCAGCAGCAACAGCGGCAGCAGAGAAAAAGGAAUUGACGUCGGCAGAUGGAAGCAGGGCAGCAAAUGCAGCACCUCAGACAGAGGCGCCUGCAGCAACAGAGGCAGCAGCAGCGGCAAAGCCAACACAGGUUGCAGCAGCAGGGGCAGCUGGUGCAGCGGCAGCAGCAGCAGCAGCAGCAACACCGGAAACAACAGGAGCUGCACUUAGUAGCUGCGGGAGUAGCAGCAUCGACGGCAACCCCAGCAGCAGCACCCGCAGCAGCACUAGCAGCAGCAGCAGCAACAACAACAGUGAUGGGGGCAUCGAAAUGAACAGCAGCAACGCGAGCAGCAGCAGCCGCAGUCGCCACUGCAUGCAGCAGCAGCACAGCAAACCAGAUAGCAGCCCAGGCCUUGAGAGAGUACAACAACCCCACCUGUCUGCUGCCAGCUCGAGUGGGGGGCCCCACACCCCACAGCAGCAGCAAAGAUCAGCAGCAAAGAGGAAGACACGCCGUGUCAAUUUGCUGGAGCGCCACCGCCUGCUGCAGCAACAGCAGCAGCAGCAGCAGCAGAAGCAGGGGCUGCAGGUGUUGAAUCAAGCAGCAGCGGCAACAGCAGCGCCUCAAGCUGCAGCGUAUGCCUCGCUCUGCUGCAGUGCUGCUGCUGCAACGCAGGAGGCAGCAGGAAGCAAGCGAAGAGAGAGACAAAAGAGCAGCAGAAACAGCAACAACAGCAGCAGCAGCACCACCACCACCUCCACCACCACCAUCAACUCUUCUUUAGAGGCGCAGAGACAAAUAUCAAGUGCUGCAGCAACAGAAGCAGCAGCAGCAGCAGCAACCCGCCUGAGUGCUGCUUGCAGGCUAUCGUUUAACGGGGGGCCCCCACAGGGGGCCCCUUCAGAGGCUUCCCAGGGGCCCCCGGGGCCCCAGGGGCCCCUGAGUUCAUGUGAUACGUUGGGGUGUCUACAUUCAAGAGACAAAGCAAGGAUUAAGAGGAGGCGGGGAGACCCGCAGCACUCCCUGCGGCUGUAUAUGCAUGCAGCUAUCCGACAGCAGCGGCUGCAGCAGCUAAAGCAGCAGCUCGAAAGAGAAGAGACUGAGAGACUGCAGCAGGAGGCCUUCAAGCUGCGCCCUAAGCCAGUGCCCAGGCACACAUACAGACGGCUCUACCCUCCUUCAAAUCAGGGGGCCCCCUCACCAUGCCGCACUUGCUGCGGUAUCCCCAGGGGGCUCCCGGGGGCCCCCUUAGCCCAGGGGGCCCCAGGGGCCCCUAUAACCCAGGGGCCCCCAGGGGCCCCUAUAACCCAGGGGGCCCAAGGGGCCCCUAUAUCCCAGGGGGCCCCGGGGGCCCCGUUAGUUCAGGGGGCCCAAGGGGCCCCGGGGCCCCUGGGGGCCCCAUUGUUGUUGAAGGCGGCUGCUGAAGGAUCUGUGAGGUCCUCCGUCAGGCGAGAAGGAAAGGGGCCCUCAACGUACACCAUAUACAAAGGAAGAGAGGAGGGGGGUUGUGGGGCAGCCACACUGGAUGGGGUGUAUGUACAGAUGCAGCAACAGCUGCAGCAGGUGCAGCAGCAGCAGCAGCAGGAAGCAACACCCACUUUCGCCCGAAGUUGGGGGAAGAAGCAGCAGCUAAAAGCUCUGCUGCUGCAGCUGCUGGCCGAAGAAGCAGAAGACCCCCCGCUGCUGCUCCACAACAGCAGCAGCAGGCAGCAAACCACAAACACUGCAGCACCUGCAGCAUCAGCAAGAGCAGCAGCUUAUGCAGCAGAGCCGCAGCAGCAGCAGCAGCAGCAGUCCUUCCAACACGGCAAAGUCCCUGCCACUCAGCAGCAGCAGCUGCUGCGCCGCCAGCAGCAGCAACAGCUGCUGCAUCUGGGCGGAGCUGCGCCUGGUACUGCACCUGCAGCACCAGCAGCAGCAGCAGCAGCUGCUGCUGCUGCUGCUGAGUGGGUGCCUGUAGAGCGCUGGACGCUGCCUCAGCCAAAAGAUAUACCAGCGAAUUUUCUGUCAAGAGACAGCUUAAAGAGAGACGCCUUUGCGGUGUCUCUGAGUCUGCGGCAGCGGCAGCAGUCCCUGAGACAAUGUAGCUCUGCUGCUGCUGCUGCUGCUGCUGCUUCUGCUGCAGCUAGAAAGCAGCUGCUGCGCGCAGCAGCAGCAGCACCAAUAGCAGCAGCAACAACACCAAUAGCAGCAGCAGCAGCGACAGCAUCAGCUGGUGGGAGGCCAGCGGCAGCUUUCCGUGCUGCUGCUUCCCUCCACCGCUCGGUCGCCCCAUCAACGGAGGCUUCAUCUGCUGCUGCUGCUGCUGCUGCUGCUGCUGCUUUGAGCCACCGGAGCUUCAGCAGUGCGGCCACUGCUGCCUCCAACAGCACAGCAGCAGCAGAAGCUGCAGCAGAGGCAUCAGGGAGACAGACAGCGGCUUGCCGACCCAAGAGAGCAUCUACUCCUGCUCCCUUUGUCUGCGGCAGCACCCGCAGCAGCCACAAUGUGCUGCUGCAGCAAUCCGCUGCAGCAGCAGCAGCAAGACUUGCUGCUGGCACCAGCAGCAAGCAUUUCAGGAGGUCCCAAAGCACGGGCGCCCUGUUGUCUAAGGCCCCUACCACAGACAUGCAGCAGCAGCAGCAGCAGCAAAAGCAACAACAGCAGCAAAGGAAGCAACAGCAGAAAAAGCAGCAGCAGGAAAGGAGUGCAGCAGCAGCGUCUACAAGGCAGCCUCAGUCGCAGCUCAAGCGCAGUCCAGGGGGCCCUGUCCGCACCUCUUGCAGCCAGCGCAUGCAGCAGCAGCAGCAACAGCAACAAGCAGCAGCAGCAACAGCAGCAGCAGAAAGUUUGCUGCUCUCUGUGGAGGCGGCUUCAGCGGAGGCCGAAGCAGAGGCAGCAGCAACAGCAGCAGCAGCAGCAGAACUGCAGUCAGCCCAGCGGCGAGCAGCAAUGGAGUUGUUAUCUCUUUGGGGGCCAUCUCCUCUAGAAGACGCAGAUUACUAUGAAGCACAAGCUUGGGACCCCCAGGGGGCCCCAUGGGGGGGCCCCCAGGGGGCCUCAUCUGGGGGCCCCCAAGGGGCCUCAUCUGGGGGCCCCCAAGGGGCCUCAUCUGGGGGCCCCCAAGGGGACUCGUUGUCAGGGGGCCCCUAUGGGACCUCGUCGUUAGGGGGCCCCCACGGGGCCUCACGGGGGGGCCCCCAAGGGGGCCCCACAAGGGGAGACUACUGUGCGCGAGUUAACAAAGAGAAGGCCUUGGAGGCAGGUAACGGGCAGGACAAAGAUAGAGCGCCGCAGCGGCAACAGCAGCAGCAGCAGCAGCAGCAGCGGCAACAGCAACAGCAGCUCAGCGUACACUCCAGGCUGCAUACCACCGCCAGCUCCUGCGAUUUGCUGCUGGAAGAGCGCCUGGGCAGAGGUGCAGAUACACCCGAGAGAACAAAACAAAUAAAUAAAGAAAUGUCUCGCUGCUAUCAGUGGGAGGGACCUUGGGGGGGCGAGUAUUUGUAA